AUGGUGGCUAUGGUGCGUGCAGAAUCCCUGGCACACUGGGACACUCAAACAGCUCCGCAGCCGGACACCAUCACCAGGCACUCUUGGGGACAUGAAGCUGCCAGACAGUCUGCCAUGGAGGUGGCCAUGGCCUUUGCAACCAAACCUCACCUCUUGACCAUCAGACUCCUCAUAUUAAACCAAACACUAAAUCCUGUAGCUGUUUUAGCAUCCCUGGAAGCCCUGGAGUCUAUGCACACACCAGACAUUGCACACAGCAUUGCCAGGACACUGGACAUCCCAGUUCUCCAUUUGCUACCCACAGCCCUUAUCCCUCCUCCAUCAGGUGGCUGUGCGCAGCAGGCCAGUUGGCUAAGAGCAGAGCAAGAUCUGUGGAGCUGGUGUGCAUGGGACUGGCAUCUGCCAGAGCCAGCAUCACGUGCAUGGAAGCAAAAGGGCGCAGGAGAUGUUGGGUUCUUUCCACUUGUCUGUGCCUCCUCGCCUGACUACCCCUUUCAGCCCAAGAGUGUUUGUGUUGUAAUGGGAAGUUCUUCCACAGGCCCUUUCCUGGAAAUGCCUUGGCCACCUGCACGUGAGGCCUGGGCCUGUGGCCGUGAGAAUGGUAUCCUGACCUCAGCUUCUUUUCUUGGCUUAUCAGGUGUGAUGACUCUAUUGAUGGUCCAGUGGGCCUCUGCUGCAAAACGGGUCUGCUACUACACCAGCUGGGCCCAAUCCACCGGGGGCGCGCGAUUCCUACCCAGGGACAUAGACCCCAGCCUGUGUACCCAUCUCAUUAAGCUCAGCUCUGUAGAGUGGAACGACAAACUUCUCUACCAGGAGCUGAACAGCUUAAAGAAGAUGAACCCCAAGCUGAAGACUCUGUUAGCUGUCGGGGGCUGGAACUUUGGUACCCAGAAGUUCACAGAUAUGGUGGCCACAGCCAGCAACAAGCAAACCUUUGUCACCUCAGCCAUAAGGUUCCUGUGCACUCACGGUUUUGAUGGUCUUGACCUUGACUGGGAGUACCCAGGAAGCGGGAGCCCCACAGUAGACAAAGAGAGACUCAUGGUCUUGCUGUAAGACUUAGCCAUGGCUUUCCAGGAGGCAGCCCAGACCUCAGGGAAGGAAUGACUCCUUCUGACUGCAGUUGUGCUCACUGGACAAGACCAUGUGGCUGCUGGCUAUGAGGUGGACAAGAUUGCUCCGAGCCUGGAUUUCAUCAACCUUAUGGCUUAUGACUUCCACGGCUCCUUGGAAAAGACCACAGGACACAACAGUCCCCUCUACAAAAGGCAAGAAGAGAGCAAGACAGCGUCUGGCCAGGCCCACCUUCUCUAUCUGGAUGCUGCUGUGCAGCUCUGGCUGCAGAAGGGGACACCUGCCAGUGUGAUCCUUGGCAUGCCCACCUAUGGAUGCUACUUCACCCUGGCCUCUUCAUCAGACGACAGAGUUGGGACCCCAGUUACAGGGCCUGGUACUCCAGGCCCCUAUACUAGGGAAGGGGGGAUACUGGCUUACUUUGAGGUCUGCUCCUGGAAGGGAGAACGCAGAAUUAAGGACCAGAAGGUGUCCUACGUCUUCCAAGACAACCAAUGGGUGGGAUUUGAUGACAGAGAAAGCUUCAGAGCUAAGGCACAUGGGAGGCAGAAAUAUGUGUGGUGGGACAUGGGAUUUUAUCCAGUCUGUUGGCCAGAUCUGGAGUUUUCAGAAAUGCUGAUAAAGGGUCCUGUGGGAAUUGGAAAGAGUAGAUGCUGUUCAAGGAGAUGGGGAAGCUCAGCUAUGAAACAGAAGGGGCUGGGAGGGGCCAUCGUCUGGGCCUUGGACUUGGAUGAUUUCACUGGUUCCUUCUGCAAACAGGGCCAGUACCCUCUCAUCUGGACCCUGCAGCAGGAGCUGAUGAAGCCACCAGUCUUUGGUGGACUGAGUCACCCAGGCACCUGCCUGGGCUCCAGUGUUUUCCAUAAGGACUAA